UAACGCUCUGCUUGGGUGAAGUCAAGAUGUCGACGAUCAGAUUUGCGUUCGGAAUGUCUGGCUUUGCGUAAAUGUCUCGGGUACAUUUUUAAGAUUAACCGCACGGAACAGCCCAUGUCAAAAACAUCAGUCAAAGAUAACCUUUGCAAAGCUAUCUGAAGGUUUGAGGAAUGACACUCCAAUCUAAGAACAGACACAGCAAGUUAAGAACAGAGAGACUAGACAAAAAGAUCACAAUCAAUGUCAGCGGUCGGCGUUUUUGUACGUGGGAUAGCACAUUGAAAAAACAUCCAAAUACUUUGUUAGGAAGCGAUGCGAUCAAAGUGUACUUCGACGAUGACAAAAAUGAGUACUUCUUGGACAGAGACCCUCACAUGUUUCGUUACAUUCUCAAUUACUAUCGCGAUGGAAAAUUACAUUACUCCUACGACGACUGCUUCGGAGCUUUCAACGAAGAGCUGAGUUUCUACGGAAUCGACGUCGACAAUCUAGACGAAUGCUGCUGGGAGGAAUGUUACAAUCUCUCCAAGAAAAUUUGCUCUAAAAAUCAAGAAGUUUCAAAGUGUCCCUGGAGUGAGCUUGCUCCAAGAAAAUCUUUUCUUCGAACAUUUUUCUGGAAUCUUCUCGAAAAUACAGAGAAUCCUCCUCGAGUGGGAAGAUAUAUUCAAAGCUUUCUUGGCAUCCUCAUAUAUAUCAGUGUUGUCGGUACAAUCGUUGAAACCGAGAGAUGUUGCAAAGAUAAAACUUGCGAGGAAACCUAUCCUCGCUUAUUUUUUGCGGUGGAUGCCUUCUGCAUGAUCGUUUUCACCGCUGAAUACAUCCUUAGACUCUACGCCUCUGACAACAGUCUUAAAUUUAUCAGAAAUAAGAUGAAUAUCGUGGAUUUACUGGCAGUUGCGCCUUUUUAUGUAAUUCUUAUAUACAAUAAUCUCUUCCCGAACUCUUCGUCCGCGGUGAAGAACGCCAGCAGUCUGAAUGUCCUGCGCAUGCUCAGAGUCUUUCGCAUUUUCAAGCUCUCACGUCAUUCGAAACACAUGAGGCAGAUGGGUAGGGCUUUAAAGCGCGCCAUUGUCGAUCUAGGGUUCCUGUUCUUGGCAUUUCUGUUGACAAACAUGGUAUUUUCAAGCGUGCUGUACUACAUCGAACAAAUGGAGGCAAAGAAGACAAAAUUCCGGAGUAUUCCGGACAGUAUGUGGUACACAAUAAUUACUAUGAUGACUGUGGGGUAUGGUGAUAUGGUUCCUAUAACUAGUCUGGGAAAAAUUUUAGGUUCUUUAUGCUGUCUAUCAGGUAUAAUCAUGUUAGCGCUACCCAUACCCAUCAUACAAGAAGGAAGCGCGGAAAUCAGAGAGAAAGAACUACAAAAAGAACAACAGAAACAAAGCAAAUAACAAAAACAGCAAGAAUGAAUAUAGUAAUCAACGAUAAAAUGACUCGAGGCGCUUACUACAGGCAACUGUCGAGCUGUGUAACGAUGACAAUGAAACGAUAUGGAACGGCGAAGGUGUUUGCAUCUGGUAUACUCUCUUGACAAUUUGAGAAAAAUUCAAGUCACAUGGCGCCUUCACUGAUUAAAACAGGCCUUAUCUUUAAAAUAAGCGUGUUAUGAGUAAACCCGAGUGGCAUUAAAAUGAAUAUGAGAGAGACUGGGGAGAGCGGCUGACCACAUGGCAAUCCAAGUUACACAGACGUUCGCCUUCACUUCUUUCUCUUCCUGUUUUUUCAUUUUCUUUUUCUUUUUCUACCUUAUUUCGCGUUCGUGUCAAAAAAAUUAAUUGUAAAAUUAUUGAAGAGGCAGAAUAUUAUUGAAGAACGGUUCAAAAGCGAUUAUGGCUGAGGAGGCUGGUGUUUUUAGUGUAUGCACACCACAACUCGAUAGCUGAGCACCGAUGGAUUAUGUGAAACUAGAUAAUCUCGUUCCAGCUUCUCCAUGUUGACCAGAGGGCAUCGUUGGAUAGCCUGCCACUGAUGUCUUAAAUCAGGUUUAAUGCAAACGGUGCGGAAUAAUCUAGUUUUCUAAGAGAAGAAAAUCAAACAACUAUUUUAGUUUGUAUUAUGCGUAGGCACACUGGGUAAGUUUGAUACUAACGUCAUGCGUAACCAGCUUAAAAUCAUUAGUAACAUGUAUAUAUUGUUGAAACUUUGAUGAAAAAGAAGAGAAAUGCUCCUUCAGAUAAUAUUCAUGCUAUGAAAUGAAAUAUGAGGGUCUUGAUGGAGUUUAACCAUUAGCCGUAAAACGGCCAAAGAAUGCAGCCGUUGGGCGUAAAAUUUGACAAAUUUUAACCGCUGGUCGUAAAAAAAGUUAACCGUGAAAACUUUUCCUUUCUGUAAUGUGUCAUUUUGGGUAAACCGUCGCCGUAGAAUUGCCAAAACUUAAUCGUUAUCCGUAAAAGCCAUUACUCCAAUUACCAACAAAAUAAUUAACAAAACACACAGAUGGAGCUUGCAUUUAUAAAAAAAAAACAACAAAACAAAACAAAAACAAAAAAAAAAACAUGUAUUUAUAUUCUUGUGCCAUGAUUGGCAGGUUUAGAAGAAUCUCUCAAACCCCCCGAGGCUUACGUUCGAUCCGAGAACACGAAAGAUCCACGCAAGCGAGGCAAACAAACAAACAAAACGAUACAAAACAUAA